GUCAACAGUGUGCAUGUGUCAGUGAUGCAAGACAGACCGUUGAGUGAUGAUGGUUAGACUGCAUGCACAACUGCUGUUAAGCCUCUGAGCAGCUCCUUUUUCUGCAAACUUCAUUUGCUCUUGCAGCUGCAGGAAGUUGAGCAACUCAGCCCACAAGUGUGCCACAGAAAUACAGCCAGAACAAGAUAAAGAGCAGAGAGUACUGAGACCCAUUACUAGCUCUUUUUGGAUCCAGACAGAGUGAAACAUCUGUCAGAAGCUAAAUUUAGCAGGUCUCCUUCGCCACCCUGGAUUACAAACACAUUUUUCCAGCUUUUAUAACGAUGGUAGGAAAAUACAGCCCUUCUUGAUUACUUCACAAAUGCUGUCGUUCCGAGAAAAAAAGGAAUACAAUUUUUUGACCAAGUUGCUGAAAAUAUGUUAGCAACCAGCCUUCCAUUCAUACUGUAAUGAAUAUACUUUGUGACAUUCAGAGACAUUUAAAAGCAUGAGUUUGCAUACUGGAACUUUUGUACAUCAAUUUCCUGAAUCAGACACAACUGGCAGCAUAACUGAAGGUGCAGAAUCAUCCAAUGGAACUGCAACACAAAAUCGUAGUCAGUCAUUUGUAAAUCCUAUUGGCUCUGCAGCUGCUAGAUUCAAAAUCCGCUCUGCUAAAACACUUCAGCGAAAGUGUGAGCCGACUACUAAGGACCUCAGGAUGAUAAGUAAUAUCUUUGAGGGUGGAAAAGUUGAAGACUCAAGUCAGAAAAGUGAUAGUAAGGACCUCAACAAAGUCUGUACUUCUUCUGCAAGUUGUACCCACUCUGACAAUAAUGACAAAAAGACAGGUAAAAAUGUAGGUAAUGGCACACAUAAGGACUCAGCUCUUUCCAUCAAUUCUGAGAAGGGUGAUGUGAGUGCUAAGCAGUCAAAUAUUCAAGAAGAAGAGAGUCAGACAGCAAGUGGCAGUGGCAGUGGAAAUGAUUUGAGGAGAUACCAGUCAAAUAAAAGCAAAAGCUUAGACUGGAGAGGAACAAGUAGAGCAGACCAUGGGAACAGAACUGGGAUGACUAGUAGGACCAGAGAAUUUGAUAAUUUUAUAAAACGAUCCAGUAGUUUUGAGAGAACAGGGGCAAACAACAAGAUAACUCCACACACACAAGAAAAUCAACCCAGUAGUGUUUCAUGGAGGAUUCACGCUUACAAUGGAGCGAAUCAGAACACUGACAGAAAGGUUAACCCAAUCUCUGGAUCUACAUCUGUGAGAAUGAACCGUGUAAAUUUAGCUCUGGAACAGGCAAGCAGUGGCCAGUCACUUCCAGUCAGAUUGAAGCCAAAACUAAGCCAAGGUAGUAUUGGAGAAGGUAGCAGUCUCUGGGCACAGCAACAAGGUGAAUCAAAUCUUGAUCAGACAGACAACAGAAUGGGAUCCCGGGCCAGAGAGCAAGGAACUUCCAAUUCUGAGGAAGUAACUGGAAACCAAACAAUAAUGGAAAGAAUUGAGAAACUGUUUGGGGCAGAUGCCAAAUCUGAUGCACACUCAAAAAAUUCAGUUGGAUUAAAACGCAACAAUACUUCUGAUGAAUCAUUUCCUAAAUCUAUGGGCACUGUGGACUCUACUCCAAGUCACAGAAAAUACACUACUGACUCUGUGUUUGGAACUUCAGAUUUUUCUGACAGUCAACAGGGGAAACCUUCUUACAAUGUAGACAAAGCUAGAACAUUGCCAAGAGGAUUUUCAAAAACAUACCUUUGUCAGAAGCAAGAACCCUCUACCAACAAAGAGAAUAAAAAUGACCAAAGGGACAAUUCCUCUGGAUUAAGUUUUUCAAUGUCAUCAAAGCCUACAUCGAGUACAGAAAUGUCCUCUGUUAAAAAAGUUCAACCACUUCUACCUGAAGACAAUGAAGAGACAAGCAGACAAUUGUUAACAGGGUCUUCAAAGUACUGUAGUCAGUCCUUAGAAAGGACCAGGAGGCUGUCAGCAACUGCUCAACUCAAUGCUCGCAGGAACCAGUCUGCAUGUUCGGAUAGUAGUUCAAGUGUUUCCAGCCAGGGUGUCAAACUUUUGUUUACCAAUUCUGAAGGAAUCAAGGGGGACAUUGGGAAAGUCAAACAAUCUGAUAAAGAGAGCACACAAAGACUGGACAUAAAUGAAAACAAGUAUCUUGAUGGUUUGCAAGAUGGUAUCACCCAACCCAAUUACCCACUAGCCUCAAAAGGUACAGCAUGCAAUGAGAUUCAUAAAGAGGAAGAGAAAGAGGAAGUUUUCACAGAUAAAACUGAAGGAAGGAGAGGAGAAGGCGUGCUAGAAAAAUUGCAUGUGCCAUCCUUUGAUUCAGUGAAGAAUACAAUCACCAUGUUUGAAUCUUUGGCUCAACAAAGCAAAAGCACACGGGAGACUUUUCUUACCAGGAGGACCUUAUCUGUACAAGAGCAUCCCAAACCUGUGGCUCUUGUAAAGAAGAGUGAUUCAGAUAAAAAUCUACAUUUUGGAAGGGUUGUGGGGAACACAGAAAUCCUAAGAACAAAUUUAUUUAACAAAAGUGAUUCCAAUGAUGAGACUGAAUGCACUCUAGAUACAAGAAGAACUCCUCAUUCAAAUUCCAUAGUCAAAGUAAGACCAACAUUAGAACGUCAAGAAACAUACAAAACGAGUGUUGAGCUUGCUCCACCAUUCAAACAAAUGACUGAAUCAAAAACUGAACAAGUUAUCAACAGGAGGGAUGAAGAUGAACGGACAACAGUAAAUAAAGCACACACGGACGAACCAGAUUCUGCCAUCACUGCAACCUCAGGGCUCAGAAACAUAGGGACAAUGGAAGAAAAAGCAGGAAUCCCAUCAAUCUCUCAACAGUCGCAUGUCAAAAGUUUAUCAAAGCAACAGACAAUUAAUAUAAAAAUAGUUGAUGAUGAUGAUGAAAACACACCGACUAACUCUCCUGAUAGACCUCUCACAGUUAGCAUUCAGAAGCAGAUUAACCCUGGAGCCGUAACAGUCAAUGGUAACAAUCCCAAAGCGCUGCCCAAUCUUUCUCAAAGCUUUACUCCUGUCCAAACAAUCUAUUCCUCUCUCAACAAUUCUAACAAUAACAACUAUGAAACAACAAGGAAGGAUUGCACCAUAUUGACUACUAGCAAGGCUAGGUGGAGCUCUGAUGAAGAAGAAGAUGAUGAUGAGGAAACUGAAGAAGACUCUGACUCAGGAGAAUCAUCUGUGACCAUCACAAGCAACAUGAGCCAAUCAGAACGCAGAAGUUUUUCUCUAAGUCUUGUGGACCUAUGUAAUUAUGGUGGAGUGGACUACAAACCAUCAGAUAGCAGUUUGUCAGAGAAUGGUGAAGAUUUGCCAUCUACACGCUCUGCGUCCUUGAGCUCAGACAUCUCAGCCUUCUCUUCUGUGACUCUGUUGAGCACUGAUGAACUGGAUCGCUUACUGGACGAUGUCAGGGGCUUGGGAGAUGACACCCUGCAGAAAUAUGAAGACGUGCAAGUGGUUGUGUUACACAAGGAGGUGGGGAGUGGCUUAGGAUUUACCUUGGCAGGUGGAGUGGAUCAGAAUAAACCAGUCACAGUCCACAGAGUAAUCCCAGGAGGAGUAGCAGCACAUGAAGGCUCUAUCUACGAGGGUGCCCGGGUGUUGUCGAUCAAUGGCACUGCCCUGCAGAACUCUGCCCACUUUGAGGCUCUGCGCACACUGAGAAAAGCGAGGGGGCAGGGAAUGGCAGUUGUUGUUCUUCAGAGUGGUAACAGCAGAAGAGAGGCCACUGAAAGACAAGGAAUCACAGGCAGGAGAGUCCGUGUGACUCUGGAAAAGUCCAGCUCUGAUCUUGGCUUUAGUCUGGAAGGAGGGGUGGGAUCCAGCUCUGGAGACAAACCCCUCACUGUACAAAAAAUAUUUCGUGUUGGACCAGUCAGUGAAGUGUUUCCUGGGGAUGAGUUGUUGGAGGUGCAAGGUCAGAGUUUGGCGGGUAUGAUGCGGCUUGAGGCUUGGAACCUCAUAAAGAAACUGCCUUCUGGUCCAGUGGAGGUCUUACUACACCGUCCUCACCAACCACGCUGAAGACUUUUACUUUCCUUCUUGCACCUUAUUUCUCAAAGCGCUUUGCAAUUCAGUCAU